GGAAGUGGCUUGGAGGCUGCGGUGCGUCGCGGACAUGGCGGCGGCGCUGGUGCGCGAGGAGCUCGUGGCCUUGGCGGCGAUUUUCUGCGGCCCCCGCGAGUGGGAGGUGCUGAGCCGCUCAGAAACAGAUGGGACUGUAUUCAGGAUUCACACGAAGGCUGAAGGACUUGGAGAUGUAGACAUACCCGUAGAGUUGGUAUUCCAAUUACCUGUCACCUACCCCUCAUGCCUGCCUAGGAUCUCCGUUAAUUCUGAACAUCUGACCAGAGCCCAGUGCGAGACUGUGAAAGACAAGUUACUGGAGCAAGCAGAGACCCUCCUGUCAGAACCUAUGGUUCAUGAGCUGGUCCUCUGGCUUCAGCAGAAUCUCCGGCAUAUCCUCAACCAGCCAGAGCCCAGAGAGGGCAGUGGUCAGGAUGCUUUUGCAGUCAGCCUGACCACAGAUGAUGGAUUGUGGAUGGCUCUUUUGCAUCUAGAUCAUAUGAGGGCAAAGACUAAAUACAUCAGAACCGUGCAGAAAUGGGCUUCCGACUUAAGGCUCACUGGAAGACUGAUGUUCAUGGGUAAAAUAAUACUGAUUUUACUACAAGGAGACCGGAGCAACAUCAAGGAGUACCUGAUGCUUCAGAAAACAGCCAAAGUCGAUGUGGACUCAAGUGGAAAGAAAUGCAAAGAGAAAAUGAUUAGUGUACUAUUGGAAACAAAAGUACAGACAGAACACAAAAGGUUUCUGGCAUUUGAAGUCAAAGAGUAUUUGGUGCUGGAUGACUUACAAAAGGAAUUUGAAGCUGCAGGACUUCAGAAGCUUUUCUCUGAAUUUGUGCUCGGGCUGGAAAAAUGAAAUGAAUGACAGGAGUCUGGAUCAAGCAGCAGGGUUUUGUUGUUUUUGCCAAGGGUGGGGGAUGGGCUCAUUGAAAGAAUCACAAGAGGGCAAUUUUAAAGUUUCUCUGAAGUACAGUCUUCCUCUUUUCAGGGACAAAAACCAGUUGUGUUUCAUGGAAUAUUACACAAGAAAAUACCCCUUAUGUCCUAAUUUUUGCCAAGAAAACAGAAUAUUUAUUAGGUGAUAAUAAAAAGAGAUAACAAGCCUGUGUUUUAUUUAUUUAUUAUUUUUUACUUUUUUAUGGUGUCUUUAUGAAACAGACCUGUGCUUCCUGUGUUCUUUUUUAAAAUUAACUUUUAACAUAUUAUUGAUAUACAGAGGGGUGGGUACAGUUUUACAAGUCAGGUAAUAGUAUAUUUCUUUUUGGACAUUGUCAUCUGAGCCCUUGUUUUAUAUAGACUGGAACUAUGCAAUUUUCUGGCUAAUUUUCUUCCAAUUAAAUGAUUUU